UGAGGUGUUAGAGCACUAACAACAAAUGCUGGGAGACUGUGAAACCUUUCUGCCAGGAUUAGCCCAUCAGCUGUCUCACGGUGGAGGAGGUGGAGGGGUUGGACAGAGUUGAUAGUGUGCUGUGGUAUUUUCCAUCUGGUCUCAAGUAAAAUGAAGUUGGUUUCAAGAGAACUCCUUGGAGAGCUUACCAUGUGUGCCCUGGCAUCUGAGGCCACAGAAUGAUGUGUUCAUGUUUGCAAGGGCCAAGAAAGAGGCCAGAGUGGCUCGUCUGGAAGCAGUGCAGAGAGAGCUGCCUAGGGGAAGGGCUGUCCUUCUGCCUGGGCAGGACACUGUUGCCUGAACCUGAUGUGGAUAAUGGGAGAGCCCCUGGAAUCAUCUUAAGGGCACCUGCCCAGUGAAACUCCAAGAGGGCCAUGCGACCUGACCAGAGGGGUGGCUCCCGGAAGCCCUGGCUGAGGGAGAAGAUGCACAGUAGGAGGAAGGAAGGCCACAGGAGUCUCCAGGGGAGGGAUCUUCUCGGAACCCACAAAAGUGCCCCAGGGAGGGAGGGCCAGCCAGGGCACCACCCUCACAAGACCAGAGUCUUGCUCCCUCACUUGUCAGCCUCUGCAUCCAACCCUGGGAGGAUCUGAGAUUAAGGAAUAAGAGAGGAGGAGCAGCUAGAACAUAGUGAGAAAGACAACCUCUGCCCCUGCUGCCUGGCGUCCCACGCGGGCUUCCCACACUCCGUCAGGCCUGCGGCAGGGCAGGCUCUAAACUGGAUACAAGUUGGAGGGAGAGUUUGGGUUUUCAACCCACACUGGGCUAGAGUUACUUGAUUAGCAGACCGAAUUGGACUCUUUGUGCCAAAACAAAGAGUCUCUGUAUUAUCUGAGAAUGAGUGGAAGCACUGUAAGACUUGCCUGGAAUUUCAUCCAGGUGUGGAAAACAUAGCUUACAGAUGAAGUUUAAAGGGAUAGUGACAGAAGUUACUGCCCCUUUACGAAGGGACCAACGCAGCAGGACCGAAAGCUCCUCUCUGAGCAGCAGACAGAUGUGGAGCCGGGGAUGCGGUGUGGCCCAGGCAGUGCGGCCGUGGCCUGAGGAUGGGGACGGGCCACCUCAUCUGCAGCCUGCAGACCGAGGGCCGUUGGGAAAGGUUUCCUUUGAACAGCUGGGGCAAAACAACAGUCCCCUUCCCCAUGGAGGUGGCUGUCGGGAGCAGGGUGUGCAGGCUGCUUAGAGAUGAGUGCGGACUCCUGAGGAGGUCUGUCAGGUGAAGGGAGGAAGGUGGGGCUUCCCUCCUGGGGGCCUGAAUGCUGAGCCUGAAGCUGUGGGCUAUGAGAUGACCCCCCCAGCUUCCUUUGAGAGAAAGCUCUUAGCUGCCAAGCUGCCAACCUAAGUUCAUGUGGACCCCCUGACCGAGGUGAGGGGGGUCCCCGAGGACACGGGAGCAUUGGCUCCAUGCUGGCCAGAGGCACGGGGAGAGGCCAGGGGUGGGGUCCAGGAGUCACUGAAAGAUCCCAGGAAGAGGAAAGGACACUCAGGUACCUCUCGUGCAUCCUCAGCUGGAAUCUUACCUAUUGGAAGUUGAUGUCAGCUCCCCCUCAGAGACACGGAGUGCUUGGGCUCAGCUCGAGGGGCAUUUGAGAGCCUCGAUAUGAAAAGUGCAUGAAAACAAGUCAUGUUUUCCUGGUGCCUGUGUGCUGUGUGUGGAAAAGAGAGGUGUCUGUGGCACCAGCCCCUCCAGCCUCUGGACUCGAAGGUGGCGUCCCCGGGGAAUUCUUUUCUGGAACCCUCCGUGGAAACGGCAGCAGAAACGGCAGGCUUGGCUGCCCCUCUGUACAGGACAAAGGGGAUGCUGGAGCCAAGGAACUGGACAGCUUGAAGAGUGAUCGAUUGAGAACUGUUCAGCUCAACGUCUGCAAAAGCGAGGAGGUGGAGAAAGCAGUAGAGGUUGUCCGCUCGAGCCUGGAGGACCCCGAGAAAGGUAUGUGGGGCCUGGUCAACAACGCGGGCAUCUCGACGUUCGGGGAGGUGGAGUUCACCAGCAUGGAGACUUACAAGCAGGUGGCGGAAGUGAACCUCUGGGGCACAGUGCGGACGACAAAAUCCUUUCUCCCCCUCAUCCGAAGGGCCAAAGGCCGUGUGGUCAACAUCAGCAGCAUGCUGGGCCGCAUGGCCAACCCGGCCCGCUCCCCGUACUGCAUCACCAAGUUCGGGGUGGAGGCUUUCUCUGACUGCCUGCGCUACGAGAUGCACCCUCUGGGUGUGAAGGUCUGUGUGGUGGAACCCGGCAACUUCAUCGCUGCCACCAGCCUCUACAGCGCCGAGGGCAUCCAGGCCAUCGCCAAUAAGAUGUGGGACGAGCUGCCCGAGGUGGUGCGCAAGGACUACGGCAAGAAGUACUUCGAUGAGAAGGUCGCCGCCAUGGAGACCUACUGCAACAGUGGCUCCACCGACACGACCCCGGUCAUCAACGCUAUCACCCACGCCCUGACCGCCGCCAACCCCUACACCCGCUACCAUCCCAUGGACUACUACUGGUGGCUGCGAAUGCAGAUCAUGACCCACUUGCCCGGAGCGAUCUCCGACAGGAUCUACAUACACUGAAGAGUUUCUAGCUGGCUUCUGUCGGGAGCCCUGGUGGGCGGGAGGGAAAAGAAGGAGGGAGGGA